AUGUCGAUAAGCGGGAGAAGGGCGCAUCUCCCUCGACUCCUCGAUGCCCACGUCCGUAGCAUCCAAGAGGCGCUCCAGAUGUUGGAUAUCCCGGCGGCUUCGUCGCUCGAUAAGGUGGAUUGGUCGGAGGUCAUCAAGCUGGGAGACGAGGUCUUCAAACAGGCAACUAUGGCUGGGAUGCUUUGGAGUGGAGAAGCACCUGAUAUCAUGGCAUUGGAGGAGAAAAUGGGAGCGUACUGUAACAUACUACAUGGUUUUCUCUUAUUUUGCCAUGGAAGUAAGGUUGGAACAGGGCCCACCCUCCAUGCAACAAGUAUCAGUGCUUCCGCCAAGCAAGUCGUUGAUUGCAGCAUUGCACUACUAAGAAAAGCAGUGUGCUAUCAUGAGUGUCAUGAUCAUGUGAAAAGAUUAUCCAUCCCACAGCUAGCUGGGACAGUUUGGGAAGCAUGUGAUGCUCUGAAAAAAACUGCAACAACAAACUGCACUGCUGUUCGGGGUGCCAUGACUCAGGUAGCAGUUUCUGUCAGGGAUAUCCUUCGAGAAAUGGAGGAACUUAAGGAACACAAGGGUGAUUCUUCUGAUGACUCAGGAGACGGCAUGUCCAGUAAAGCGGAUGAAUCAACAUCUUUAUCUGAUGAAGGGGGUGACUUAACUGAAGCCGACAUUGAUGAUGACAUUUCAGCUGAGGAGACGGUAACUGCACAACUAAUCAUCAGUGUGGUUUCCGAUACGCUAACUGUCGUGAAAGAGCUUAUCCGGUUUAUGACAGGCUUAAUUAAGAGCUCCAGCCAUAAGUCUAGCACCAAGGAAUCAGUGGAUUCCUUUGAGAAACUUGUUACCCACUGCCAAGAGAUGGGUUCCCAGGUUAACGAGCUUGGUGCUUCUGUUUAUUCACCACAGGAGACUGCUCAAAUGAAGAUGAGUGCCAAGAAGAUGUAUUGUUUAGUUCAUGAGAUGCAUAUUGAACUUAGAAAUCUUGAAGGCACACCUGAUGGUGUCUUUGGCACCUGCAAAAUAUUGGAGAACUCUACGAGGAACUUGUUGUUAGGUUGA